CUAAAGUGUGAUAAGCAGAACUGCUUUGGUGAAAAGUGAAACUGUUAUUACAUGUUAUGUAAAACUGAUUUUGAACUUCAGUUGUUUGCGUUUUUACUGUUCCUUAAAUAUUCCAACUGUUAAUAAGAAUAAAAGAUGUAUGAUUGAGGGGAAUGAGUGUUAACACAUCUAAUGCAUUAACAAGCGUACUAGAAAUAAAUAUUCUUUCCGUUUUGGGGAAAAGCAGUUUUAAGUUUCCUGGCAAAUGUUGAAGAUAUUUUCCGACAUUUGGUUUUAUUCUUCCCUCAUCAGCAGACCAUAUGUGCAUCAGAGUAGGUGGAGUGGGGGAGGUUCGCCAAAGACAACUCUUUUAUUGGAUCGGUACUUGUAUAAACUUAGGGAGGAUGGGGGAAGACACAAGGGCUGCACCUGGCAGCACCCACUGUAGUUACACCACUUCAUAUUUGCUGAAGUAACGGUAAAAAAUGACGCAUGCUACCUAUAUUUCCUUCGCUGCACCUCACUUUUCUAUUAUUAGUUAGGCCGUUCUGCAGAUUAGCAGAAUUGUCUGUGUCGGACAAAAUGCCUUGUGGUAUUUGUUCUAGCGCUACUACACUCUGAGUUCGAAUCUCACAGAAAUCACGUUUGCCUUUCAUACUUCUGGGGUCGGAUAGAAAUAAAGUACCAAUCAAAUACUGUAUUCAAUAUUACCGAUUGUUCUCCCUCCUCCUAUUUUUAGCCAGGCUGAAGCGUGAGUUGACAAAAUUGGUACUGCAACAAGCAACAUACUUUCUCAGUAGCAUAGCCGAGGAAAUGCAACAUUCUGACCAGGGCAGUACUUUUGGGUCUGCUGUAUAAGCAUGUUUACAAGUGGGUGCUGAAAAGUUCUUGACUUUGGAUUAAAGAAAAUACAAGACAAUCAAUUUAUGGCUGGUCUUGUUUAAGUAAAGUAAUAACUACAUGGUUGAGGUAGCAUUUACCAACUGUUCAUAUUCAACUGCAGAAAAAUCCUUGCUCUCACCCGAAACCAUCAAAAACGAGAUGUAAACCUAACACAGAAAAUAAAAAUAAACGAAAAACCAAAAGUAAACAGAAAAGGAUUAUUUGAAACAAUAUCUAAGUUGCAAUGGAUAUUUUUCCUAUACAGAGAAAGCUUUGUUUAUAACUCCUUCAUUUCAGGCUGCAACUGAACCUUUUUUAGCAAAACCUUCUGCUCCACACAAUUUCUUUUGUAAAAAAUGUUAAUGGCUGUUUAGUUCUUGGAUUCCAUAAUAUGUCAUGAAGUUGAAUUGAGAGAAUAUGAAAACAAAGUAGUGAAAAAGUUAAAGAGACAAAAAAAAUACACUUUCCUUUUAAAUGUCAACUACUGGAAGCUUCUAAUAAUGUUUUCCUUUUAUAUGUUUUAUUCAACUGUGUUUAUUUUAUACAAUUGAGUGAAUAGUUAUAGAUCAUGUGGCACAUCUAUAUACGAGUGUUUAAUAUCUUUGAAUAGAGGAAUAUUUGUUUGAAGGAGGUUUAUAAUAUGAUAUUCAUUAAAAAGUAACAUCACAAAGUGAUUUGAGAAAUUAAGCUUUCAUUUAUCAUUAUAAAUAAUGUCACACUUGGGUGGGAAAACCAUGCAUAUGUCUUCAAAACCUUUCGUUCCUCAGGGGUCAGAGUUUCAGACCCAAUCAAAUAUGGCAGAAGUUCGAGAAUAUAUCUUCCAAGACAGUAGUUAUCCUGGUACUCAGUUUGUUCAACCUUGUUAUCAACCAGCUGAACUGAGGCCCAAUAUAGUGCAGGCUGCAGUUAAUGAACAACCUACACCUGAGAACAAGAGCUCAACCAUUAAUUUUGACAAUUCUUCCCAUGAAGGCUGUGCUUGUUGCCAAAAGACAUGUCAAUGCCCUAGUUGUACUGAUGGUGGAAAUGGUAGUGGAAGUGGUGUUGGCACUAGCAAUAGCAGCAAUAUAGGAGAACAUAACAUUUGCAAUGUUAAUGAACAACCUGUCACUAAUUUGCCAAUUCAGACGACUGGAAAUGGAAAAAAGCAGCUAUUUUGUGAAUUUUGUGGUAAGAAAUUUGUCCAAGAAUAUGUCCUGAAGGUCCACAGGCGUAAACAUACUGGGGAAAAGCCAUAUGAAUGUGAAAUCUGCUCCAAGAAAUUUGCCAGAAAUGAUACACUACGCAAACACAAGAGAAUUCAUACUGGACAGCCAAAUGGCAGUGUUUCUAAUGUUGGUAUCUCUCCUAGUUUGAGUUUAAUGAUUGCGCAAGGUGUUGUUGCCCAGGAAAAUGGUGUAACCAAUACUGGGAACCCAGGCACUAUGAUGUCUUCUGUUUCUAAUUCUCAGACGUCUCAGAGAAACAGUCAGAAAUCAUAUACCUGUGACAUUUGCCUGAAACCGUUUGCUCAGCGCCAUUAUUUACAGAUCCAUAAAAGAACACAUACAGGUGAGCGCCCUUUUCACUGUCAGGUUUGUGAACGAAGUUUCACUCGUAGAGACACACUGAUUAUUCAUCAGAGAACACACACUGGUGUGAAACCAUUUCAUUGUGAAAUCUGCAUGCAACAAUUUGCACACAAACACAACCUCCAGAUACACAAACGGAAACAUACCGGGGAGAAACUGUUUCAAUGUGACAUCUGCGCUGAACUGUUCACACGCCGUGAUUAUUUACAAAUUCAUCGGCGGACUCAUACAGGAGAGAAACCCUUCCAGUGUGAUCUCUGUAUCCAGAAGUUUGCCCGUCGCACCACAUUGGAAAUUCACAGAAGAACACACACAGGAGAGAAGCCAUUCCACUGUGAGUUCUGUGGAAAACAAUUUGCUAAUCGAGACAAGCUUCGCAUACACCAGAGAACACAUGUACGCAAGAAGCCACACCAGUGCACUAUAUGUCUAAAGAAGUUUGCACGGAGAGAUACACUUGAAAUUCACAGCCGGAGACACUCUGGCCUCAAGCCAUUCCAUUGUGACAUUUGUCUGAAGAAAUUUGCACAGAAAGAUUACCUUCAGAUUCAUAAGAACACUGUGCACUCUGGACAGAAACCUUUCCAAUGUGACCUCUGCACACAGAAGUUCUCCCGCCGUGAUUCUCUGCAGCGGCACAAGAAAACACACUAUAAACAGGUUGAUGAAGUGCAGAAGGCCACAUCUAGCAUCACAAAUAACAAUGUGGAAGAGGUGCAGCCACUGAAUAAAUACUUAUGGUUGUAAAUUCAAAAAUCAACUUAAGAUGCAGCCAGUAAUGCAUUUAUCAGGUUUUCUUUGAUCAUGAGGAUGUUGGCUGCCAUGACAACAGAUGAGACUUCUUCACUGUUUGCAAUAACCUACUUAAUUCUACCAGAUAAUCCGUUAUUGUAUUCCUGUCAAAAGACCUUGUUAUGCACUGUUAACAACUAUACCAAGAAUAAGUCUCUUUUAUAGACAUGCUAUGUAUUAAUCUGUCAUAACAACUCUACCAAUGGACUUUACCUUAGCAACUCCACCAGAAAUACUCUGAUAUAGCAGCAGCUUUGGCUCUAAAAUACCAAGAUCCUAGUAAUUCUACCAAAGAUACAUUACUAGUUAAUUAAAAAAUUAGGGGUUUGAUUCCCCUGACCUGUCCACAACCAUUAAGAUUGUCUCAUUCAUCACUAUUGGUGUAAUUAAUUACAAUUUCUUGGAUCAUUGCAUCAAAUUUGUUAACACUCAUGUUACUACCAAAAAAUAUGGUCAUUGGGAACUCAAAUGAAAAGAUAUUAAUGAAGUUUAUGUCAAAGUGACAUUUUGGGGGUUGACUAACAAAAACCAAAAAAGGAAAAAGUAAAAAAAAAAAUGAAAAAAAAUUUAUCAUAGCAGUUUUGUGAAUAAAGAUGUUGUUUGGUACAAUCUACAGAAACCACUCACUGUAAUGAAAGUUCUAUCCAGAAACAGUUCUGCCAUAUGGACCAUAAAGAAUCAACCACAAUAAUUGAACCAAAAUUAACAAACUCCAAAUACUCUAACCUUAGCAAUUAUGUCCAAAACUAAUUUGUUAUUAUAGCAGCAGUAUUCAAAACACUUUUCUGUAACAAAAAAAAAAAAGCAGUGAAUAAUUACAAUUUUACCAAAGUUUUCCUGCACAGGCCUCCUGACGACCCCUACAGUACCAAAGCUAUCCUGCUGCUGUGUGAUUUACAACAAGCUUUACUAUAAUACUCUCUCAAGGGCUCCCAUACUUUUCUUACAGAGGUGAGUGUUAAGCUAUUUAAUGCAAGCAAAUGAACAGUUAAUUGUGUAUAUUUGUUUCUGAGAUAAGGAAUUGAAAGAUAAUGGUGAUAUGUUGUAUAUGUACCUUUUAGUAUUUCAGGGACCAUUAGCAUUUGCUUUCCCUACAUCAUCACUAUGGCAACCAGAAGCAUAUGUGGAGAAGGUGGUUAUAUUAUUUGUUAAUCUGUUUUUGUUAGUGUUUUUUUUUCAAAGAUCUGACUGGAAUAAAACAAACAACUCCCAAAUUCAUUAUUGAGGUAUUUAAUUAGUCAAUAUUCAAGGCAGCUUCAAAGUAUAUAUAUAUAUGUGUGUGUGUGUGUAU